AUGUCAAACAAUUGGAACGCUGAAUUUGCUGGAUGCUGCAAUGUUUUCCCAGCAUGCUGGUUGAUUUGCUCAAACUGUACUGCUGGAGCUGCUUUGUUGCAGGGCAUUACUUUUUAUGAAAUGAAUGGAGGCCAAGGAGGAUGUGGGGAAUGCUGCAUAGCCUGCUGGCUCUGUUGUAUUGGACUUGCAAUUAAUCGUGGAAAAAUCAGAGAGAAAUAUAACAUACACGGAAGCUUUAUUGUCGAUUGCCUUCUGUAUUGGAUUGGAUGCUCUUGCUGCAUGGUAACUCAAGAAUACAGAGAAGUUCGUUUGCGCAAUGCAAAGCCUGGUCAAUAA